ACACCUGCUCAAACAGACGGGUGCCUAUAUAAGGCAGGGUUCUCAUCGUUUGUCACCGGACUUCGCAAUGGCUCGUUACGAGACACUCCUUGUGAUCGCAACUAUCGGCGUCGUGGCGCUCGCUCUACCGGCACAGAGGGACAAUGGGGUAAAGCCAGCACAUGGGCAACCUGCUUGGCCACCAUAUGGACCACCUGCUUUGCCACCUCAUGGACAACCUUCAUUGCCGCCAUAUGGACCACCUGCUUUGCCACCAUAUGGACCACCAGUGUUGCCACCAUACGGACCACCAGCUUCUCCACCAUAUAAACCACCUGCUUUGCCACCAUAUGGACCACCUGCAUUGCCACCACAUGGACCACCUGCAUUGCCGCCAUAUGGACCACCUGCUUUACCACCAUACAAACCCCCUGCUUUGCCACCAUAUGGACCACCAGCUUCUCCACCAUAUGGACCACCAUUUUUCCCGCCACCAUUUGGACCACCUAUUUUACCACCAUUCGUGCCACCAUUUAUACCACCCUUUUGGCCACCAUUCCCUCCAAUACCUCCACGUCCGCCCACUGAGAAACCCUCAGAGAAACCCAGCGAGGAACCGACCGAAGAACCAUGCGAGGAAACCAGUGAGGAACCCUCCGAGAAACCCAGCGAGGAACCCACCGAGGAACCCUGCGAACCCAGCGAGGAACCCAGCGAAAAGCCCAGCGAGAGACCUAGCGAGAAACCAACUGAAAAACCCAGCGAGGAACCCACCGAGGAAUCCUGCGAACCCAGCGAGGAACCCAGCGAAAAGCCCAGCGAGAGACCUAGCGAGAAACCAACUGAAAAACCCAGCGAGGAACCCACCGAGGAAUCCUGCGAACCCAGCGAGGAACCCAGCGAAAAGCCCAGCGAGAGACCUAGCGAGAAACCAACUGAAAAACCCAGCGAGGAACCCACCGAGGAAUCCUGCGAACCCAGCGAGGAACCCAGCGAAAAGCCCAGCGAGAGACCUAGCGAGAAACCCAGCGAAAAGCCCAGCGAGAAACCAACUGAAAAACCCAGCGAGGAACCCACCGAGGAAUCCUGCGAACCCAGCGAGGAACCCAGCGAAAAGCCCAGUGAGAGACCUAGCGAGAAACCAACUGAAAAACCCAGCGAGGAACCCACCGAGGAAUCCUGCGAACCCAGCGAGGAACCCAGCGAAAGACCUAGCGAGAAGCCCAGCGAAAAGCCCAGCGAGAAACCAACUGAAAAACCCAGCGAGGAACCCACCGAGGAAUCCUGCGAAACCAGCGAGGAACCCAGCGAAAAGCCCAGCGAGAGACCUAGCGAGAAACCAACUGAAAAACCCAGCGAGGAACCCACCGAGGAAUCCUGCGAACCCAGCGAGGAACCCAGCGAAAAGCCCAGCGAGAGACCUAGCGAGAAACCAACUGAAAAACCCAGCGAGGAACCCACCGAGGAAUCCUGCGAACCCAGCGAGGAACCCAGCGAAAAGCCCAGCGAGAGACCUAGCGAGAAACCAACUGAAAAACCCAGCGAGGAACCCACCGAGGAAUCCUGCGAACCCAGCGAGGAACCCAGCGAAAAGCCCAGCGAGAGACCUAGCGAGAAACCAACUGAAAAACCCAGCGAGGAACCCACCGAGGAAUCCUGCGAACCCAGCGAGGAACCCAGCGAAAAGCCUAGCGAGAGACCUAGCGAGAAACCAACUGAAAAACCCAGCGAGGAACCCACCGAGGAAUCCUGCGAACCCAGCGAGGAACCCAGCGAAAAGCCCAGCGAGAGACCUAGCGAGAAACCAACUGAAAAACCCAGCGAGGAACCCACCGAGGAAUCCUGCGAAACCAGCGAGGAACCCAGCGAAAAGCCCAGCGAGAAUCCCGGCGAGCAUCCAGGGGAGAAUCCCGGCGAGCAUCCCGGGGAGAAUCCCGGCGACGGCGAGAAACCUUAUGAAUAACCCACGACUAAUUAACAGACCACUGACGUCCCUCCGGAAGUCCAACAGACUGGAGACCAUAUGCUGCAACACUUGGAGUCUGUUGUUUUUGUCCGGCGCUGUACGUAUACUUUAAAAUUGUAUGUUACAUUUUAAGAAUGGAAAUAUACGUUGCAUACUAGA